AUGCAGACCCGAGUCAGUCAGCGGCUUCCUAAUGCCAAUCCACUCCCAUACACAGCAUCGCCGUUUAAACUUCUUUGGGACGACAUCUGUCUCGGUCUCCAGUGCGCGUUGUCACUGCCAGGACUGUUCUCUCCUCUUCGACUAGGUCAGACACAUAAACUUGAUGAGGCCUAUCCGUCCGUUCGGAAUUACUUUUGCAUUGCCGUGCAUAUCUACCUAUUGAUGUACCAGUUUUUCUUUCUUCUGUUUAUUCCUCUCCUCAUUCUGCUCACACUUCCCACGACAUGGAUACUUUUAUAUAUUACAAUUGGGAUUUCCUACAACUAUUUGAUUUGCCUCUUCUUAAAUGGUUUCCAACGCGUUCUGGUAUCGCAAGUUCCGGUGCCUGACCAAUCCAACUACGCGAGAGAACGAUGGUUUUUCAUUAAUGGUGUGGCCUGUGGUCGCUAUUGGCUACAGGCCAACAUUGAUCAGCUGUCGUACACCUUUGGCCGCAGGGUCACGGGCAUCCAUAACUUCACAUGCGGAAUAAUUUUUGACCUGAUUGAAUGUCUUAUUCAACGCUGCUUUUGCUACUCCACAUGCGAUAUCCGAAUAGCCUAUGCCUUGGUCCAAGACGCCUUGCUGGCUCAGGAUUGUGACAAGGUCGUUCUCACGCUCCACAGCCAAGGGGGAAUAGAAGGAGGGCUAGCCAUCGACUGGCUCUUGGAUGCGCUACCUCAAGACCUGCUCCAUCAACUGGAGGUGUAUACGUUUGGAAACGCCGCUAACCACUUCAACAACCCGCGCCGAACAUGGCGAGCUGACUAUGCAAAAGGAUCAUCCACGUGUCAAACAUCGAACCGCUCGGCGGUCGGCUAUAUCGAACACUAUGCAAAUGCGGGGGAUCCAGUGUCAAUGUUUGGGGUUUUAUACUUUUCUGGAGUUCCCAAUCGAUACCUCGGCCGGCUGUUUGUACGACAAGGCUCGGGCCAUCUGAUGAAUCAGCACUACUUGGACACGAUGUUCACUCUGGGACCUGAUCACCGAGUCCUAGACUCGAAUAAGUUCAUGGAUAUGGAAAUCGAACUUGAAUCUGAAUCAACCGAGGAUGAGCGAGACAUACAGCGAGAAGAGACCCUGGUUCCUGUCUUUGUGUCGAAGUAUGUCGGACAGAAUGCCCAGAAUGGUCAUCAGGUACUUCGAGUCAAAGACUUGAGCCAUCUAUGGCUCUAUCGGAAUGGAGGUCAUCCUGCAGUCUAA